CAUCCCCGUCCUCGUCCUUUCGUUCGUCCUCAGUGCAGGAUAACGCUACUCGCCUCGGUUCUAUACCUGGUUUUAAGAAGACACUUUACUAAUCUCCGCUGCUCAAACUAGGGUACUGGUUUACAACAUAAGGACUGUGUUUUAUCAGAGACAAUCAGGAGUGAGAGCUGAUCAUGGAUGUAAUAAUUCGCCGGUGUCCGUUCUUGGCUCGUGUGCCUCAGGCCUUUAUGCAGCAGCCCAAAAAUUCUCUGGUGGUUUACGCCCAAAAAUGUCCCAUUAUGAUGGAACUGGCCUCUAAACCCAUGGCCCCUCAGAUGGCCCGCGCGCUCUGCUCCUCCUCCUCUUCCUCACACCAGAGAAUGGACAAUACUGAAGGCACCAAACGGGAAGCUAUGCCUCCUGGUCACCCCAUGCCACCCCCAGGGCAAGCAAAGGCCUCUAAAUGCCCCUUUUUGGCAGCUGAGAUGGGACAAAAGCACAGCAGUGUUGUCCGCCAAGUUGGCAUGGAGUUCCAGGAAGAUGUUCAAGAAGUACGCACUGUCCAGCAGGAGGUGUCUCGUGUGCAGCUGAAGGAGCCUGAGAAAUCUGAGGAUCAUAUGAGCCUGAUGAAGACUCUCCUGAAGCAAAGGCCCAAAAGGGUUUCUCAUCUGCUCAAGGACAACCUGCCAGUGUCCCCAAUCCACUAUGACAAGUUUUUUGAGAAGAAGAUUGAGGAAAAGAAGAGCGAUCACACUUACCGUGUCUUCAAAACGGUGAAUCGAUUGGCUAACGAGUUCCCGAUGGCCAAUGAUUUCUCCGAGUCUUUGGAGGACAAGAGGGACGUGUCUGUGUGGUGCAGUAAUGACUACCUGGGCAUGAGCCGGCACCCGCGAGUUAUACAAACCAUCAUGGACACACUGAAGAAGCACGGUUCAGGGGCGGGCGGCACCAGGAACAUCUCUGGCACCAGUAAAUACCACGUGGAGCUGGAGCAUGAGCUGGCAGACCUCCAUAAGAAAGAUGCAGCGCUGCUCUUCACUUCCUGUUUCGUUGCCAAUGACUCCACCCUCUUCACCCUCGCCAAGAUGCUCCCAGGCUGUGAGAUUUACUCCGAUGCCGGGAAUCACGCCUCCAUGAUCCAGGGCAUCAGGAACAGCGGAGCCAAGAAGUUCAUUUUCCGUCAUAACGAUGUGGCUCAUCUGAGAGAGCAGCUGGAGAGAGGAGACCCUACCAAACCAAAGAUCGUUGCCUUCGAAACCGUUCACUCCAUGGACGGUGCAGUGUGUCCGUUGGAGGAGAUGUGUGACGUAGCUCAUGAGUUUGGAGCCAUCACGUUUGUGGAUGAGGUUCAUGCUGUGGGUUUGUACGGAGCCAGAGGAGGAGGCAUCGGGGACAGGGACGGGGUCAUGCACAAGAUGGACAUCAUAUCAGGGACUUUGGGUAAGGCAUUUGGCUGUGUGGGUGGGUACAUUGCCAGUACCUCUGCUCUGGUGGACACUGUUCGCUCCUACGCGGCGGGCUUCAUCUUCACCACGUCUCUGCCCCCGAUGCUUUUGGCUGGAGCGCGUCAGUCCAUCCAGGUCCUUAAGAGCGAAGAGGGCCGGACGCUUCGGAGGAAACACCAGCGGAACGUCAAACUGCUCCGACAGAUGCUCAUGGACUCUGGACUGCCUGUGGUCCACUGUCCCAGCCACAUCAUCCCUGUCAGGGUCUCAAACGCUGAGAAAAACACUGAAGUGUGUGAUCUGAUGAUGAGCAAACACAACAUUUACGUCCAGGCCAUAAACUACCCGACUGUUGCCCGCGGAGAAGAGCUGCUGCGUAUUGCCCCCACGCCUCACCACACCCCUGAGAUGAUGAAGUACUUUGUCGAUCGCCUGGUAGAGUCGUGGAAGGAGGUGGGUCUGGAGCUAAAGCCUCAUUCGUCUGCAGAGUGCACCUUCUGUCAGCAGCCUCUGCACUUUGAGGUGAUGAGCGACAGAGAGAGGUCUUAUUUCACAGGUCUGAGCCACCCCAUCUCCGCCUGUGCACACUGACCACGCCCACUGCCGCACACUCUCCGCCCAUUCCGCCUCACUGUGAGAGUACCACUGAGUUCGUCACACAUAUUUAAAUACUAUUAUAUGUCCAGAUGUUCUAUAUACUCAAUAAAAUGAGUCAAAGUCUA